UCUUACGGGAAGCCCUAGCGCGAGUCCAUCGAUAAGCGAAAUCCCGUAUCUUGCGUCGCGGCGCGGCUCCAACCAAUCAGAGGCGACGAUGCAUCCGGCCUAUAGGAUCACGCCUUACAUGGAGCAGCUGUACGGGUCGCUGCAUUCGAGUCCGAUGUCGUUCCGGGGACUGAGUCCCGUAGAAAGAGGUGUUCCGGUUCAUCCUGAGUAUUUGCAGCAGAUGGCAGCACUGUCUCAGCGAUAUGAAUCUCUUAGUCAGGGCCUCCCGGCGACUCCGUCCAUGGAUGGUUCUAGUUGCACAGAGCGCCUCGGCCCGGCGUGCGAGCGAGCCGCAAGAGGGCGCUGUCGAGCUCGCCGUUCUCCGACCAUUCCUUCGACAUCAAUUCCAUGAUCCGCAUCUCGCCGAACGCUCUAGUCAACAUCAUGAACGCGUCGCGCAGCUCGAGCGCCGGCAGCGGCUCCUACGGACAUCUCUCC